AUGCCAUUCCUUGAUAUUCAAAACUGGCUGGGCCUCGAUAUCGACAAAUGGAUGACAAUUAUGAGCGCUGAACAACCUUACAAAAUGCCAGCCCGAUGCCAUGCUUUUGAAAAGGAAUUCAUUGAGUGUGCCUAUGGAAUUGGUAUGACCCGAGCCAAGAAAGAAUGCAGACUAGAAUAUGAGGAUUUCAUUGAAUGUUUGCAUAGGCGGAAAACGAUAGAACGCAUGGGAGCAGUCAUGAAGCAGAAGGAGAAGCUAAUGAAAGAAGGGAAGUAUACUCCUCCACCUCACCACUCAGGCAAGGAAGAGCCAAGGCCUUGA